GGAGGACUAGGGAAGGGGAAGGAGCCACAGACAAGGAGGACACGGAGCAGGAUGGAGCUGUGGCUGCUUAUCCCGCUGCUCGCCUCUCUCCAGACUCUCCUUCCCCGGGUGAUACCUUCAGAGUUGCCUCCUCCUCCUCCCAACAUCUCGGUGACACCAGAGAAGCCCCAGUACCUCAUCGGUGACACCGUGUCCAUCGUCUGCACUGCUCCCGGGGGGACCGAGGGGAAGCUCCAGGGCUUCCGGAUCUCCGGCACGAGCGGUUGGAGCGUCGACGUCCGCACGUCACGGAGAUCCUUCACCUACACCUUCAACAUCACCGGCACCCACGACGGGGGGGCUCACACCUGCUCCUACACCCUCCUGCGCCCCUCCCGAGGCCCCGCCCACUCCCUGGAAAGCCAAUCCAUUGUCAUUGCCAUCAGAGCCCCUCCCCCUGCCCCCUGGCUGUCCCCAACCCCCCCGGGCGGUGUCACCGUGGAGGGGCAGCCCCUCGGCCUCGUCUGCACCGCCCCCCUCAGCCCUGCCCGACAACGCCGAUUCCACUUCUCCCGCGCCGGGUGGGAGGUUCUGGGGGUGAUCCCGGGAAUCCAGCAGAUCCCAGGUGAAGAGGAGGCGGAGCUGAGGGUGGAGAGGAGCGACCAGAGCCACAGCGGGAAUUACAGCUGCAGAUACGAGGAGUGGGAGGAGGAGGAGGGGAAGUGGAUCCUGUCGGAGCUGAGCGAGGAGGUGGCGGUCACGGUCAGAGAGCCAGCUCCUCCCCCUUCCCUUUGGGUGGAGCCUCCCUCGGGGGUGGUGGGGGAGGGGCAGUGGCUCCGCCUCCACUGCUCCUUUUCCCACCGGGAAUUCGGGAUUCGCUUCUGCUUCUUCCGGGAUGGGGCGGAGAUUCCCGUUGGGAAUGUCUCCGAGCUGCUGUUCCUGCAAUCCCGGCUGGAGCACUCCGGGAAUUUCAGCUGCCGGGUGGAGGAGGAGGUGGGCGGGACCUGGGUGAUGUCACCGCCCAGCCAGGGCCUGCAGGUGACAGUCAGAGCCCGCCCUUCCCAGCCUACCUUGCUCCUGGUCACACCCCCCGGCCACGCCCAGCUGCUGCUCACCUGCAUCGCCCCCUCCAGCCCCGCCCACAAUGACCAUGUCCCAUCCGGCCCCGCCCACUCUGGCCCCACCCAGCGGCGUUUCUACUUCUUCCACGGCGGCGUCCAGAGAUUGGUCGACACCACGGUGGGCAGCCAAUCACAGCUCAGCCUUGCCCUGGCCACGCCCCCCAGUGACACUGAGGCCACGACCCCCCAGGGGGCCUUCACCUGCCAGUACGAGGAGCAGUUGGGGGAGGGGUGGGUCCUGUCCCCUCCCAGCGACCCCCUGACCCUCCCCCCGCCUCCUGGCCGGCUCAGGCUCCUCCCAUUGGUCAUUGGCUGUGCCGUGGGCGGGGUUGGGAUUCUCCUCGCACUCCCAUUGGCUGUUUGGAUGUACCGGAGGAAGAGAGGGAGUUCCCGCUGGCGGGGUUUGAGCUCCGGUGGCGACUCCAGGACCCUCCCCAUGGGCGAUGUUGCCUGAGCCAGACCCCACCCACCAAGAUGGCCAAUGGCACCCCAGGAUGGCUAGCGUUGAGGCCACACCCCCAAGAUGGUUGCCAUUAAAGCCACGCCCUCCAUACCACUGGCAGUCAUUUUGGGGGGCGUGGCCAAUGUCAAGCUGAUAAACUUGAUGCUGUUUGGUUGACUCUGA